UAUCUCUCCCUCUCACUAUCUUUCUCCCACUCUUUUUUUCUCUUUCUCUCCCCUUGCUCCCGCUCGCUGUCUCUCCGUCUCGCUUUCUUUCUCCUCUCUCCCUCCGUUCCUCUCUCCGUGUCUCUCUAUUACUUUCUCUGUCUUCCUAUGUCUCUCUGUCCCACUCUCUCUCGCUCUCCUUCUCUGUUUUCUCCUGUUCUCUCUCUCCCUCUCUGUUCAUCUCUCUGUCUGUCUCUCUUUCCUUCUCCUUCUGUCUCUGACCCCUUUCUCCCUAUCUGUCUGUCUGUCUCUCCCUUUGUCUCAAUUUCUCUCUCUCUCUCUCUCUCUCUCUCUCUCUCUCUCUCUCUCUCUCUCUCUCUCUGAGAAAGCCGCGAUCCGAGCAAAGGAGGAAAUGAGUAAAAGGAACAAAUCAUUCUAGCCGGUGAUGAUAGCAGCGAGGGGGAGGAGUGAUGAAUCCUCUCAUUAACCCUUUCGUGUCUGAGCAAUACCUGAUUAAAUAUUAACCACGAAACGACAGCGCUCUGACGGCGUGCACACGCUCGCGGGAUCCGCCUUUUAUUCUCGCGGAGGUAUAAAGACGAACUGAGUUUUACAUCGGUGCUUUUAAGCGUUUUUUUUUUUUUUUUUUAAAUGUAUUUUUCUCAUAUCGUUGUGCGCUCAUGGGCGGGGAAAACGAUAUCGUCCAAUCAGAUCUCUGCUUCAACGUGUGCUCAUUUCAUACUCUCAGAAAUGAAGCGUGGAAGAAAAACGUCAUUCAGUUGUGAUGCUAGUGCUGGAUUCAUAGCCUGAGUACAUCUGUAUGUGUGUGUGUGUGUGUGUGUGUGUGUGAGAGAGAGAGAGAGAGAGAGAGAGAGAGAGAGGGAGGGAGGUUAUUGUGGGGCAAGGUCUUAACAGUGCAUGCCAGAACAAGCCUCCACCUCUGCCUCAGGUUCUAUCUCUCCACACACACACACACACACACACACACACACACACACCAAGGCUAAAUCCCCCAAACUUCAAAGAGAAUGGGUCAGAUGGAAUGGCCAUGUUUGCGAGGUAGAAGAGGCAGCUGAUCUCUCUCUCUCUCUCUCUUUCUCUCUCUCUCUCUCCCUGGCAGUGGGAGCAUGCCUCUGUUAUCUCCGACAGGCUGAGGAAUUAUAGGUUGAGAGGGGAAGAGGAGGAGGAGGAGGAGAGGAAAGCAGGGAGAGGAGGUCAUGUGACAUUGCAGCAGCUGCUAGGCUGAGAGUUUUCACUCGCUGACAGAGAGAGAGAGAGAGAGAGAGAGAGAAGUGGGAGGGUGAGAGAGAAAGAGAUAGGCAGUGUGUAUGUGUGUGUGUGCCGCUUUGUUAGAUAAGCUCUUUGUGAGUGAGAGAGAGAGAGAAAGAAAGCAAGAAGGAGGAAAGUGAGAGGAGAAAGAUGGUGAUUCCCUCGGCGGCUCGGACGAGCGAGGCUCGGAAGAUGCAGCGAUGGGUGACAGAGACGGCGUCGCUCCUUUGUGCAGCAUGAGCCAUGAGCCGAAGUCGCCCUCACUAGGCAUGAUCUCCACGGCGACGCGCACCACGGCGACGGUCAGCCCGCUCACGCCGUCAUCCCUCAACGGCUCCAUCGUGCCCAAUGGCAGCCCGGCUGCUCAGUCUGCUCACUCCGGAUUCGCCGCCGCCCUGCGCAAGCUGGCCAAGCAAGCCGAGGAGCCUCGAGCAGGUUCCUCCAUCAGUAGCGAGUCCUCCCCUGUCUCAUCUCCAGCCACAAACCAGAGCUCUCCAGUGAGCACGCCCAAACGCGGUCCCCUCGGCCCGGUCAUAGUGCCCCCUGGAGGCCACAGUGUGCCCAGCACCCCACCGGUGGUCACCAUCGCCCCUACCAAAACGGUCAACGGCCUGUGGAGGAGCGAGAGCCGCCCUGUACGAGAGUCAGAGUCGGGCCCUCGUGGUGUCAGUAGAGAGCGUCUGGCACCCGAGGCUCAGGAAAAGGGCGGCCCCUCUGUUCCAGCCCACCUCAUAGGAAAUCCGUACGCGUUUGGCCUGACGUCCGGAUCCGUGAUGCAGGAUUCACGCUUUCAGCCCCUAAACAGCCUGCCGAGGCAGAUGCCCCACGGCAUGCCCCCCGGCGGAGUACCAGAAGAGUACCUGCGCGGUUUCCGUCCCUACCCCACGGCCGAGGACCUGCGCAUGCCCUCGCUGCCCCUGGGCCUGGAUCCGGCCACUGCUGCGGCCGCUGCCGCUAACUAUUAUCACCCCAGCUACCUGGUCCACCCCUCGUUCUCCCCUUACAGGAUGGACGACCCUUUCUUGUCUGCACUGAGGUCUCCGUUUUAUCCUUUACCUGCAGGGGGCGCUCUGCCCCCGCUGCACCCGUCUGCUGUGCCCAUGCACCUCCCAGGGGUGCGUUACCCUGGCGACCUCAGCCAUGCCUCGCUGUCCAGUCUGCAGUCUGAGAGGCUCCAGAUGGAGGAUGAGAUCCGUCAGAGAGAAAGGGAGCGAGAGAGAGAGCGCGAGCGGGAAAAGGAGCGGGAGCGCGAGGCAGAGCGAGAGAAAGAGCGAGAAAGAGAGAGGGAGCGAGAAAGAGAGCGAGAAAAGGAGCUGGAGAGAGAGCGGGAGAGGGAGAGAGAGAGAGAACGGGAGCGUGAGAGAGAGAAAGAAAGGGAGCGAGAGAGGGAGAGAGAGAGAGAGCUAGAGAGACAGAAGGAGAGAGCCGUGCGGGAGAAGGAGCUACAGGUGUCCAAGGCCAUGGAGGGUCAUUACCUGGCUGAGCUCCACGCUCUGAGAGGCCAGGCCGAGGAACGAGCGAAGGCCACCGAGAGACUCACUCCCAACAGAGCAGAUAAAACCAAAGAGCCCACCCUCCCUGCUCCUAAACCAAUCCAGGCAGGCCUGCACCCUUCACUAAGCUCCUCCCACCACCCGGUUCCCACCCUGAUUUCCGCACACGGCAUGUACCUCGGACCAGCAGGGACGGGACCCGGGGCUCUGACGCCCGCCAUGAUUCUGCAGCGCAACAACGAGGAGGAGCGGUGGCUGGCUCGGCAGAGGAAACUACGGCAAGAGAAAGAGGACAGACAGUACCAAGUGUCCGAGUUUCGCCAGCAGGUUCUGGAGCAACAUCUAGACAUCGGCCCGAGAGGAGACGCACCCGAGCUACGGAACGAGGGCCCGAGGACCACCAUCCAAAACCACCACGAGCCCGGCAGCAGAGAGCGUGAGCGAGAACGGGAUAUCCACCCCCACCUCGGCGCUCCUCCACCUCUCAUCUCCCCCAAACCCCAGCCCAGAGACCACGCCCCUGCUCCACCCACCACCCUCUGGAACCCCGCCUCGCUCAUAGAGACCUCGUCCGAGUCACGGCGGCCUCUCCACGAGCCACAUUCGGGUCCCUACGACAUCGGCCGCCUCGCUCCGCCUCCGACCAAAACCGAGCGCCAUUUCAGCUCGGAAAAGCCCAAAGACGGACACGAGAAGUUCCCGCUCGUCCGGCCUACGGGGUUCUCCGAGCCCCGCCCUUUCCUGGCCGAGCUGGAGAAAUCCACGCAGUCCUUUUUAAACCAGCAGAGGGCGGCGCUGAGUCUGAGCACGCAAUACGGAGAGCUGAGCGGUACUCUGAAGAGCGGUGCGGUCCAUAAGGGCCUACACGGACCCCCCAUGAGGCCGGGAAGCGAUUCCGUGCUCGUGUACGACGAGUAUCUACAGCUGCAUCGACGGCCGAUUAGCAAACUGGACCUGGAGGAGAGGAGGAGGAGGGAAGCAAGAGAGAAAGGGUAUUACUACGAGCUGGAUGACUCGUACGACGAGAGCGAUGAAGAGGAGGUGAGAGCUCAUCUCCGGAGAGUGGCCGAGCAGCCGCCACUCAAACUGGACGACUCCACUGAGAAGUUGGAGUUUCUGCGGCUGUUCGGUUUGACCACCAUGUCUCGGCGAGAAGAGCUGCUGGAGCACAAGAGGAGGAAGAGGAGGAGGAUGCUCCGGGAAAGAAGCCCCUCCCCUCCGGCCGUGGCCAACAAGCGCUCACCUCCACCACUUAGCACUCGCUUUACUCCUGAGGAGAUGGACAACAGCCCAGAGCUGGAGGCCAAGAAACGCUUCCUCACCAUGUUCAGCCUCAAUCACCUGAACACGCAGCGGAGGAAAGAGAACGAGAGAGUGGUGGAGCUGCUGCACGCCAUUAAACAGAAAAGUGUGACUCUAGACACCAUCAGGCACAAUCCUCUCCCGCUGUGUAAGAGCCCGCUGCUCCAUCAGUCUGAUUCAUCCUCAUCCCAGUCUCCAGGCCAGUCGGGCGAGUUAGUCAGUGCCAGACAGACGAGCCCUCCACCUCCGUCCACUGGACCUCCAGCUGAGCCUUCCUCCGCUCCACCUCCCGAGCACCUCAGACCCGUCUCUGAACCGCUCAGACCGAAGGACACGCCCCUUCCCCUGUCAUACGCUGAUAAAAACCGAGGAAGCGACGUAAUCCUCAACAAGAAGCCCUCCAUCCUGCUGAACAGCGCGCACCCUAAAGACGGCGGAGGCAACCUGAACGGCCGGACCAAGACGCGGGAGAGAUUCACGGCCGAGGAGUUCGCCCUGCAGUUCCACGAGUCGGUGCUGCAGUCCACUCAGAAAGCACUGCAGAAGCACAAAGGUGGCGCCUCGGCCAUCUCCGAGCCCAACCACACCAUGGACUCCACGGUGCACUACAACAUCCCGGAGCUGCAGAGCGGCGCGGGCCGCAGCACACACCCCCACACACACCCCGCACUCCAGCCCAACGGUCUGCACUGUCCACCCACGGUCCGGCGAGACGGCCCGCCACGCCCCGAACUCUCCACCGAGGAAGACUCCGAUGACGAGGAAGACGAGGAAGAAGAAGAGUCUCUGGGUCACAGGUGGAACGGGAUCGAGUCCAUCUUCGAAGCGUAUCAGGAAUACGUCGAAGAGCAAAAUAUCGAGCGUGAGGUGCUGCACAGUCAGUGCAGGAAGCUGGAAGCCCAACACUACAACCUCAGCCUGACUGCUGAACAGGUCUCUCACUCCAUGGGGGAGAUGAUGACUCAGAAGCAGAAGCUGGCGGCUGAGAGGGAGAAGCUGCAGGCCGAGCUGGAGCACUUCAGGAAGUGUCUGAGCGUGCCGCAUACGGCCUGGAGCAGGGCUCACUUCAAGGGAUAUCCUCCCAGGUGACAUCCCACCGAAUCACCUGAGUUUCAUCCACCCCACCCCCCACCCUUCCUUUUCCCUCUUUUCUAACGCCCAGACUCCGGCCCGCUCUGGUCCUCCGCAACAGAACGAGGGCGGAGUUUUUGGAGAGAUGGUGCACCGUCAGUACACUGAGAAGGACUGAUGCGUAAAUGCCAAGCCCACAAUCUGACAUGAAACGUGCCAUUGAAAGGUGUAGGACAGGUGCUACGCCCUUUACCAACCAACCCACCCACCCACCCACCUGGAUCUUGCAGGAACGCUCGGUCCAUAACACACACACACACACACACACACACACACACACACACACAUACGCACGGCGGUACAAACAGCAGUCCGCGCCUCACUAGGACAGAUCGCGUAGACAGACUGAAUGGUCAUGUGACUCCCCCCUAAAAUGUAUAUCGUCAUGGCAACCGCACCAUCUGGCCUGGAGAUCUGAGGAACUGGAAAUGCACUUAAGAGACAACCCAGAAGAACUACCUGGAGGUACUGUGUUCUAACAAAGAACUCCUUUCAAAAUUAGGGAAGAACUUCAAAAAAAAUAAAAAAAUAAAUAGAUAAAAAUGCACAUUUUUGUUGUGGGGGGGGAUUAAAAAAUGUUAAGGAAAGUUUUAUUCAAGUAAAAAAAAAUAAUUAAUAAUUUUUAAAGAGGUGCUUCAUGCCUUGUAUUGUAAAUACCGAAACAAAACGGAAAGGAAUUUUUCUAUGUUUUUAUUACUUACGUUAAUUGUUCUUUGAAGAAGAAGAAGGAAAAAAAGAAGCCUGCCAUUUUAAAAAAAAUGCACAUGCUUUUUAGGGCGUUAAGCCGGAGCCUUGCUUUUAGUGUUUGUAUUGCUGCUGGUCAGGAUAAAGAACGGAGGAAGAGCUCAGUGCGGACCUCCGGUGUACGUGUGUGUGAGAGAGUGUGUGUGUGUGUGUGUGUGUGUGUGUGUGUGUGUGUGUGUGUGCGAGUGUGUAGCCUACAACAGUAGCAUCCGUCCCCAAAGGCAGCACCAGGUCUAAAGAAGAGCAGAACAUCACCACUCUCUCACUCCCUGCACUCUGGACUUCUACCGUAGGCUCAUGACCAUUUCAUUUUGUUAUUAUUAUUAUUAUUAUUAUUAUUUUACAUUUUAUGGUGAAACAGCACGCAUUCUCUGCAUUCAGUCCCUUUUUUUUUGUAUCUUAAUCAGUGAGUACUGUGCCAAAGGCACCCACAGAACCACCAAUCAGAAAACAAAUCAUGCCAUUAGUAGCGCAAGAGCUGACGGCCAAAAAAAAAAAAAAAAAAGCUAUUUCAUAUCAACGCUAAGCUAAAUUCUUUCAGUGUCAAAAGUUACAAGAUUCGCUCAAAUAUCGUUAAUUAGCAUAGAAUAUAAUCAUAUCAAUCACAGGACGUGUACACGGGGUGCCUGUGUGUGUCCUCAGGUUAAAAUUACUUUAAAAAUAUAUAUAUAUAUAUAUGCACACACACACAUUAUAAAUAUAAAGCAUAUAAAGUGAACAAAACGGCAUUUUGACUACAAAAGGGUUCGGAUUCGUUUUAUUUUCAGCUUAAACUCCAUGUAAAACACGAUGAAGCACGAAGUAUAACCCAUGGUUUGGAACAUCCAUUGUUUAAUAUGUUUUCUAAGACUAGAAACCUCACAAAAAUGACCAAGGAACACCUCUCCACCUUUAUCCCGCAUUAAUAACGCCAAGAUCUAUGAAUAUGCAUGAUAUGCAAAUAAGAAACACCCCUAAUGCCAUCCCUAAUAGCUAGCCGGCUAGAUCAUUAAUAUAAAAAUAUAGCGAAUAUUACAUCUUAACGCUUUAAUAACUCGCAUAUUGAACGUGAUUGGUGCAAAGCUAGGUCUUUGUUAGUGACAUCACAGACAUAGCCCCGCCCAUCUCUAUAUACGGAUACAAUGUUACUCAGACUUUUUUACGGAUCUGCGUUUAUGCUUUUAGGUACAGUAUCAUCGACCCAACGCUAGCCUGUUUCAUCUCCUAAUCUCCGACCGAUGCUUCAGCGUUCCUCAGCGUCUGCGUUUACGUUCUCCUCCUGUCCGCGGUACGCCUAAGCCCAUUAGCAGCCGCGUUUAACAGAAUACAGCGUUACGUUUUACAAGAGGUUUAUAAUCGGGUCGUUCAGCUCAUCGCAGGUUCAUGUUAUCGGCGCUCAGGCUCACAGGAUGAACCGCUUCUGGAGGCGGUUCCAUGUUUACAGACCCGAGGCUGGCCCUAAAGAGCAUCCAUCAUGUGCAAUGUGUGUUUGUUUGUUUGUGUGCUUGAGCGAGCACUACCACUGCCUGUCCAGGAGCAGGGACACGCCCUCUCUCUCUCCCUCUCUAUCUCUCAGUGUCUCUCGCCCAACUAAGCGCACGCACAUGCAGAAGCCCCACCCCCUCCCGCCCAACCCAAUGGAGGAUGUCUAGAUGCUGUGAAAUCAUGUUUUUAAGGAAAAAAAAUGUACUUGUUUGAAUUCAUUGUAAUGUAAUAUAUUCUUUGUUGAAUGUAGUAAUUAGGUAUUUAUGAAUAUAUUGCUGUAAUUUCAAACAAAAAAAUAAAAUGCUUCAGAAUUAAACUUUGA